GUUCGCAGUAUGUCUGGACGUGGAAAAGGAGGCAAAGUCAAGGGAAAGGCAAAGUCCCGUUCGAGCCGCGCUGGAUUGCAGUUUCCAGUCGGUCGUAUUCACCGUCUACUCCGAAAGGGCAACUAUGCCGAGCGUGUUGGAGCCGGUGCUCCCGUCUACCUGGCUGCCGUGAUGGAGUAUCUGGCCGCUGAAGUUCUCGAGUUGGCAGGAAAUGCCGCUCGUGACAACAAGAAAACCCGAAUUAUCCCACGUCACCUGCAGUUGGCCAUCCGCAACGACGAAGAGCUGAACAAACUUCUUUCCGGAGUGACCAUCGCUCAGGGUGGUGUCCUGCCAAACAUCCAGGCCGUCCUGUUGCCCAAGAAGACCGAAAAGAAGGCCUAAAUUCGAUCGAAGUUCCCACCCUUUAACAAAAUCCGUCCUUUUCAGGACGACCAAUUUGAUGGUAAAGAGUUUCGUUUUCAAAACAGUUUCCUUCGUGGUGCGCAAGGAGUGAUAAAAUGAAUCCAUUAAAAACAUGGUUGAAUCUUUCUGUCAUGCUCUCCCUAGUUAAUUGAUAUCCUCAUCGAGUAAGUUCGAUGAUGGUUGAUUAGUGUAGGCGUGUCUUGAAUUCCAAGAAAUUAACCAGUGCAGUGUUAUCAUUCCAUCCAUAU